AUGUCCACCCAGUUCCAGGUCUUGGGAGACAGCCUAAAGCCUCAGUCCCACGUGCCCAUUCUCCUCCUCCAUUCACUCCUUUCCUUUGCCUCAACAGCAUCUCCAGUGCUGGGAACGGAUGUGACCAUGAACCCCGGUGCCUCCUUGUCUGCUUUCACGGCAGUGCCCUUCCCUCCACCCAUUCCUGGCGCCCAGCACCGGCCACCCUGGCAGCAGCACUUGCCAUGUCCCAUCACCCCAGCAUUCCCUCCUGGAAGCAGCCUGCUGCUGCCAGCUUUCCCCAGGACGCCUUUGGUGGCUAAUGGUGGCCGUGGCCCCAGUGCCCCUGGGGCUUGCAACCUCACUGUCCAAGUCAGGUCACAAGGGAGGCCAGUGGAGGCCCCCCAGACUCAGACCUUUGUCGUUACUCAGGGCCCCCUCAACUGGAGCGCUCCAGGGGCCCUCAGCAGGAGUGCUGCAUGUCCUGCACCCGUAUUCUUAGCAACCCCUGUGAUGGAGACCGUUGUGACUGCUCCAGCUGUUGGAGUUAGUCAGGCUGGCAAGGGAGGCUGGACCGCAGGCUUUCCUCCUCAAGCUCCACCACCAGCUGCCCAGCUGGCCCCUAUCAUUCGCCCAGUGAACUCUGGGCCAUGGCCACAUGGCACUUCCAGGGAGGGCCGCCUGGCCACCAACCAGUCCAACGCCUCGCAGGAUGGCUCCUCUAACCCCCAGAGCGUGUACAGUAACUUCCGACGUUGGCAGCACAUCAAGCCCCUGGCCCGGAGACACUUUCGCCUGAGUCCUGAUGCAGAAGCUUUCUCCUGCUUUCUCAUCCCAGUGCUUCGAUCCCUGGCCCGCCUGAAGCCCACCAUGACGCAGGAGGAGGGACUGUGGAGGGCCGUGCAGGAAUGGCGGCGCAAAAGCAACUUUGACCGGAUGAUCUACUACAAGAUGGCAGAAAAGUUCAUGGAAUUUGCGGCCGAGGAGGAGAUGCAGAUUCAGAAUUUGCAGUGGAUGCAGCGCGCGCAGGACCUGCCUCCUCCAGCCUCAACGAAGCUGGAUCCUCGGGGGCCCCCAGCCCCGAAAGUGGGCCUUCAGCCAGGCACCCAGCUUCCCACUGGAGUUGAAGGCACAGCCUGUGCUCCCAGGAUGUCCGGCCCCAGGGCCCAGCCCUCGCACCCGAAGCCACACAGAUCCCAGCGGACCCCGGAGCCCAAGACACCCAAGGAGAUUCCCCCUGAGGCUGUGAGGGAGUAUGUGGACAUCAUGGAGGCGCUGGUGGGGCCCGUCCACUCAGCCACAGGCGAGUCACAUGCAGAAUGUGGAGAGGAUGGAAAUGAGCUGAAGCAGGAAGAGGACGACACCUACUCGGACCCGGGUCUCUUGAGCUACAUUGACGAGCUGUGUUCCCAGGAGGACUUUGUCACCAUGGUGGAGGCAGUCAUUCACCCUCGAUUCCUGGCAGAAUUGCUUUCCCCAGACCCACAGCUGGAUCUCUUGGCCCUUGCUGAGGAGCUGAAGCAGGAGGAAGGACUCACCCCUGAAGAACUGGUGCAGAAACGACUCCUGGCCUUGAAAGAGGACGAGGGUUGGCCGGCAGCCCCGAGCCACAGUGCACCGGGAACGGGCUCAAGUCCUUCUGAGUCCCACGCCGGCCAAGGUGCCCAGAGGCACGACCAAGACCGCCAUCUAGGGGUCAGUGAUGAAGCCUGCCCACCAGGGAUUGAUUUUGAGGCUCUUCAUAGGCCCAUCCGAACAGACACUGGCCUGUUCGGGCCCAAAGUCUUUGUUCCCUCUCGAGGAAGUCAGGAGGUCUCUCCAUUCCGGGCCGGACGGCCCUCCCCUCCCCAGGGUCAAAGGCGCACUGGCCCUCUACUGGGACCCAGGGAUGCGUCUGUUCUCAGAGAGGCCUCUCAUGUUCGGGAGGCCCGAGGGCCCAGGGACACGUCCAGUGAGGAUGAGGAGGAGCUCCCCAGCCUGGCCUUCCUCUUGGCCUCUCCGCAGAGCCUGCUGCCUUGCGGGCUGUCCCAGAGUCCUGCCCCUGCCUCAGGCCUGGCCUCCCCUGGAGGUUGGGGGGCCCAGAGUGCUCCCCAGGCCCCCUCCCCUCAGAGAAGAGGCCUCAGCCCAGCUCCACCAGCCGCUCCCAAGUCGAGGAAGCGGGCUCUGUGUGGGCGCCCAGCCGCUGCUGAGAAGCCGCCCAUCCCCGGGGCUGGCCACGGGGUCUCUGCGAGGCCAGCCUUGGCUCUGGGGCUGGCUCGCCCCUCACAGCCGAGAAAGAGAAAGCGUGACCCGUUUGUCACAGGGAAGAGGAGGAAGAUGAAGAGGAAGCACUGCAGCCAGUAG